GUAGGAGGACUAGAAGUAGCAGCGUGUAUUAGUUUAGCAGUCCGUGAGAUCAUUUCCUGCCCAGAGGUCUCUCCAAGGAUCACAACUUCAAUCUGUUGGAUUCCCAGCAACUAGUUUAUCUGUCUCUGCAAUUGCUUCUUUUCUGGGGGGAAAUAUGUCUUCAAACUCAAACCUGUCCGCUACACAGAGACUUGUGGAGCAGCUCAAACAAGAAGCAAGUGUGGAGAGGAUCAAGGUAUCCCAGGCUGUAGCAGAACUCCAGCAGUAUUGCAUGGAGAACGCUUGCAAGGAUGCGCUUCUGGUGGGAAUGCCAGCUGGUAGUAAUCCAUUCCGGGAGCCAAGAUCUUGUGCAUUGCUCUGAAUUUACUUGUUAAUGCCGUAUCAAUGACCAAUGUAACCAUCAUCAUGGGGAUUUUGCUUUAUGUCUGACAUAGAAACAGCCUGCCUAGCGUGUACCAUUCUAAAUGUCACCAAAAAUGUCACUGUAUAUUUAUUACUAGUUUUGCAUAACACAUUAAUAUUUUUUUUGCAAAUGAAUGUAAAAUAAUUAUCUUUUUAUGAAAAAAUGUAAAUCUGUGGUUGUAAUGCAUUUCACAAAUUGUGCAGAUUCUAUAAAAUGAAACAUAAAAUGUGUUAUUUCCUAGGCAUUGCCAUUCAGAGGGGAAAAAAUGUUAUUUACACAUUUUUUUUCCAAUUAUUAAAUUAUAUUUUUUAAGAGUUUUAACUCUUUUCCACUUGGAGACUUUUUUAAUUGAAAAGUAACUAACUUAACAUUCAUUUGCCUCACAUUCGCACACACUACUUCUAUAGGUGUAUAAUAUUUUACAUAUUUGAAAAAUAGGUAAGAACUUAUUAUCCACAGAAUUUAGUACACAUACAAAAGUGGUUGUUCAGGAAAAGGAAGAAGGGUUUAUUUUCACUUUUAUUUCACAAUAAAUUAUUUUAUGGUUUAAA